UCUUUACUUCAUCCUUCUAUUCCUCUCUGUAACUGUUUCAGUCUGCACUUUCUCCAUCACGACGUGGCUUCCUCGACUUCAAAGCAACCCGCCACGAAGUCAACCCCACCGGAGCUCCGAUCUUGCGUCGUGAAACCCACCCACACAUGAUCUCCAAGAUAAAGUCUUGAAGGUAAAAAAUGAACAAACAAACAAACAUAUAAAAGGAAGAAAGGAGUAUUACGUCAAAGGGUGCCCUAGCAGCAACAGCAUUUGAAAUGUAUAACAAUGUGGGACCGCAACCUGGGGUGCCAAGACCACCAACAAACACACAGCCCAGUCCAUUUGGAAAUGCAUUUUAUGGAGCUGGUUCAGGGCUUAUCCGAGGUGGAUUGGGUGCGUAUGGAGAAAAAAUAUUAGGGUCCAGCUCUGAGUAUGUGCAGAGCAAUAUAAGUAGGUACUUCUCUGACCCUCAAUACUACUUUCAAGUGAAUGAUCAAUAUGUAAGGAACAAGAUAAAGGUUGUUCUCUUACCAUUUCUCCACAGGGGCCAUUGGACACGAAUAACUGAGCCCGUGGGAGGCAGGCUUUCUUACAAGCCACCAGUUUAUGAUAUUAAUGCGCCAGAUUUGUAUAUUCCAUUUAUGGCAUUCGGCACCUAUGUUAUUCUUGCUGGCUUGUCAUUGGGUCUCCAAGGAAAGUUUAGCCCAGAAGCUCUAAGCUGGUUGUUUGUCAAGGGAUUGCUCGGAUGGUUUAUGCAAGUCAUGCUGCUUAAAGUAACUCUGCUUUCAUUGGGUAGUGGGGAGGCACCUUUGCUGGACAUUGUGGCAUAUGCUGGCUAUGCCUUCACAGGAAUGUGUCUGGCUGUUCUUGGGAGGAUCCUGUUGAGUUACUCUUACUAUUUGUUGAUCCUUUGGACCUGCAUGUGCAUGGGAAUCUUCUUGGUGAAGACAAUGAAGAGAGUCCUCUUUGUAGAGAUGAGAAGUCAAGAUUCGAGCAGACAUCAUUAUCUCUUGAUCUUUAUUGCUUUUGCUCAAUUCCCACUUUUCUUGUGGCUUGGCAACAUUACUGUUAAUUGGCUAUUUUAAACUACAUGCUUCUAUACUCUAGUCAGAAACUAAUAUGUUCAUAGCAACUUUUCAAAUGUUUCAGGCAAUUUGGCUCUUAGUUGAUUAUCUUGUUAUAAUUUCAUUCAUUAUAUUCAUAUCACUGACUCUAAUGUUCUUCUCAGACUUAGCAAUGACAACAGUUUUCUUUGGA